GACGAACAAUUUACAUAAAAAGCAAGAAUAAGAACAGACCCUGGACUGGGGGGGGGAGGGCCUACUCGACCGAGUACAAGGUCAACAACGGGGCUGCUCCCACCUGUGCCUGGCCCAGCCCGACAGACGGGGCAUAGCCUGUGCAUGCCCUACCCACUACCAGCUGGCCAAGAACGGGGUCUCCUGCAUGAACAACAUCAUCUUCAGCCAGAGGAACAGCUUCGGCCAACUGCUGCCGAACACGACAGACUGCUCGAAUGUGCCGCUGCCAAUGUCCGGCAAGAAUAUCCGAUCUCGCAUUACAUUUAAUGGGUUCCUGGGUGAAUCCGUAGGCGUUAACGAUACCGGGGACUCGGAAAAGCCGCGCAAGACAAGACCGGAGUGGAACGGAGAGCGUUGUUUCGUGGAGCUGAAUCGUCUGUCGCAGUUCACCAACAUCCGGGCCGUGUGGACACCGGAUGCGAAAGUGCUGCACAAUCACACGGCACAGUUGCCCAAAUUGUUUCCACAUCUGCAUAGCCAGAGUGGAGGGUGUGGAACGCAGUACUCACGACGUCUGCUCGUGCCCCAAGCAUCUGAUGAUGCUGGAGGACAAGGAGAGCUACGGCGUGUGCCAGGCCUGUGUGCCUGAUCAUUUCACUUGCACGGUCCCAGUGACGGGGAAUAGUGACAUGAAUAAGGACUGCGUGCCCGCCUACUGGCGCUGUGACGGCGAAAAGGACUGCCUGGACAAGUCGGAUGAAGUGGGACAUGUGGAUCCACAUGCCGGGUGGAUCAGUUCAGCUGCCAGUCCGGCGAGUGCUUCGAUAAACUACUCAAACCGUUAUGAACGUGUCCAGAACAAUUGGUUGCGGUCAUAUUUUGAUCAUGAUUUUACAGUUCGCGAGUUUGUUGCGGCAUAACUUCGCUAGCUGUAUUUAUAUUACUCGCAAUAAAUAUUUACUCCGAAGAGUGAGUUUUUGGUUUCACCAUUGUCGAAAAGAAACGAGAGGGCUCGACGGCCUUAUCACUCGCAAUCAGCUUGACAAAUAUUGUGAGAAUUCCAAUAAUUCUUAGCUUCAGUGUUGAAAGCAAA